CUGGGCGACGUUGAAACUUCAUGGAUGCGAGGAUUCUCAAGGUCAGGCCGAGAAAUCAGCUCCGAAUAGAUCUCCUCGGUCUAACUGGAUCUAAGCCCGGGUUGAAGGAAGCCGAGAGUGACCAUCGAUGACGCGUCACCUGGCAGGCGGUGAAGAGGCGGGCGAACUGGUCUUGGCUGAAAAGCUUAAACCGACGUCGGCAUCAUCCGAGCGGAAGGAAGGCAACCCCCACCAGACCAGCCAAACAACGGACGAAACGAACUAUCCUCCGCCACCGACGCCGCCACCACCACCAUAACCACCACUAUACCCACAGCCAUAACACCACGACACCUCACUCAAUCCACAAACAACAAUCGCAAUCAUGGGAGGCAGCAAUCUGGAAGUCUUCAAGUUCGGAAUGUACAUCAUGUUCCCGAUCGCCGUAAUGUACUACUUCGGUACGAACCUCGACAACCGCUUCAGCGUGGAAGGCUUUUGGCCGAACCCCAACCAGACCCACAAGAUCCCGCACGACAGGGAAGAUAUCGUCAGUGAGCUCGAGCGUAUGCAGAAGCAGCGACUAGAGAGGCGUGCGGCCAGGAUGGAGUUGGAGCCUUUGGACAAGGGGGAGAAGAAGCAGUAGUCGGAUGUGCCUAUGGCGAGCUGUGUGGUUGGCGGGGUAAACUGCUUGGGAUUCGUACAACUGGUUUUUCGUGAAUUUGGAGGAAGACGCGAUGUGACGACGAUGAAGACUUGUAUCAUUAUUGUACUUUACGCUGUAUGGCAAUCACACCACCGCCACCAUCACUAUCAUUCCGCCAUGGCGAAUGUUCUGGAGGAGUUGACAAAACGGGCACGCAUAACUAACAAGUUGGUCCUUACGGUUUCGGUUCCAUCUCCGACACAGUUUCACACAAAAAAGCUCGACGUCUCCAACACUAACCACGAAAAAAAUCACUGAACA